ACCCCCCAAACCCCCUCUUCUCAUCUUGUCAUAGAAAAAAAAAAUACAGAAAAGAACCCCCCUCCCCCCUCUUCAUCUUCCUAACCCCAUUAUCUUCUCCAUCAACACCAUACUACCACCAACCCUUCCACCACAAUAACCUUCUUUCAUAAUUAUAGAUUCAAUUCUUUGCCGAUUUUUAAUAAUAUUUAUCACAAAUUCUUAUACAAAUUUCAAAUUCAAGCUCAAAGCCCAAAGCUUCAAACUUGUUAAUGGUGUUUUUUGAAUUUUAUCAAAAUUAGUUACCUAAGUAAAGUUUUACUCAAUAAUAAUCACGAAUUCAAACUAAUUUUUUAGGUCUUGGAACACCAAAAUCAACAAGACCCGAUUAAAUUUUCAAGCUUUUUAAAAAAGUCAAUAAUGAUGAUUUUUACAAUACCCAAUAGCUCCUAUGUUCUUUGUUUUUUCUUUUCUUCUUAGUCAUGGGGUUGGAGAGACGAAAUAUGAGGUGGUAGAUAAAAUUAGGAUGGGGAUUGGGGACGAAGACGAACUUGGGGGAAGAGAAAACGCUGGGUUUUGGGGUUGGGGAAGAGAAAACGCUGGGUUUUGGGGUUAGGAAAGAAGACAUGAGUUAUAUUUUUUUUUCUUUAAUUUAAAGGAAAUAGUUAAAAAAGGGGAACUUAAUUUCAGAUGAAUUUUUUGGUUUUCACACGCCUCUUUUAUGUGUAAUACAUACGUGUAACAUAUGGCAAAAAAGGUGUGUAAUUGAUAUACUUUUAAAAGUUUUGAUGCGUAAUACUAUUUUCGUAUUUUGACAAGUGUGUAAGAGGAAUUUGAGUUUAAGAUCAAUUGAUAAAGUAUGUAUUUUGCCCUUUUUUUCACCUAAAGUUCUCUUCAUAAUAAUAGUUGUACCUAUUACAGUGGAAGAGUCAAUAAAGUAGGAAGAAGCUUCUUUUUAAGAUUUGCUUUGAUUCAAAAGUACAUAUAUUCUGCUUCUUCACAUUUUCAAAGCCCUAUAGUUUGGUUCUUCUUUAAAGACUUAUGGAGCAGCGCUUCCUUAGCUUCAUCUGAUGAAUUUUUUGCCCUCCUAGCGAUCUGUACAUGUCCGACGUGCAAGUAAGGAAGUGCUUCUCACAGUGAUAAAUCACAACCACUAAGUUUUUUGGAAUCAUUGGCAUGUUUAGUAGAAAGGACUAAUGUUUUGGCACCUGUUCAUGGAAGAUGGUGUCUUAUGUCGCAGUGGUAAAUUGCAACAACGGUACUUGACAUGAAGUGCAAUAUUUGAAAGAUGGAACUGUUCCUUGCAAUUGUGAUAUUAGCAUGUCUCCACUCAUUCGCCUUACCUGAUGGACAAGGAGAUGCCCUGUUUGCACUGAAGAAUUCACUUAAUGCUUCAAAUGAUCAGCUUGCUGAUUGGAAUCAGAAUCAAGUUAGUCCUUGCAUUUGGUCCAAAAUUACUUGUGAUGAAAAAGGCAAUGUCAUCAUGGUGUCCUUGUCAAAUAUGGGAUUCUCGGGCACUUUAACUCCCAGAUUAGGUGUUCUAAAGAAUGUGAAUACAUUGUCUUUGCAAGGAAAUGGUAUAACUGGUAAGAUUCCAGAAGCGAUAGGAAAUUUAACAAGCUUGACAAUGUUAAAUUUAGAGAAUAACCGUCUGUCUGGAGAAAUACCAGCUUCCCUGGGAAAUCUCAAAAAGCUUCAGUCUUUGUUUUUGACUCAAAACAAUCUCACAGGGACAAUCCCUCAGUCAGUUUCAAGCCUCCCAAACUUGAUGAACCUUCAGCUUGCUUCCAAUGGUCUUACUGGUCAAGUUCCUGAACAGUUGUUUCAAGUUCCAAAAUACAAUUUUACAGGGAAUCGUUUGAAUUGUGGCUUAAAUUUCAGUCAUCAUUGUGAAUCUGAUAGUGGAGGUUCUCCUAGUAAACCAAAGACUGGUCUCGUAGUUGGUAUUGCUGGUGGAUUUCUUGGAAUUCUCCUUCUUGGAGGAUCUGUGUUAUUGUUCUGGAGGAGAAGGCACAAAGGCUAUAGGCGUGAAAUCUAUGUUGACGUUGUAGGUGAGGUUGAUCGGCGAAUUCCAUUUGGUCAAUUGAGGAGAUUUUCAUGGAGGGAAUUGCAGCUUGCUACUGAUAACUUUAGUGAAAAGAAUGUUCUUGGACAAGGAGGUUUUGGCAAGGUCUAUAAAGGAGUGCUCAAUGAUGGCACUAAAGUUGCCGUGAAACGAUUAACUGAUUAUGAGAGCCCUGGGGGAGAUGCUGCAUUCCAGCGAGAAGUUGAGAUGAUAAGCGUGGCUGUUCAUAGGAACCUCUUACGGCUUAUAGGGUUUUGCACCACACCGACUGAACGGCUGCUAGUAUAUCCAUAUAUGCAGAAUCUAAGUGUUGCUUAUCGUCUACGAGAACUUAAACCUGGGGAGUCUGUUUUGGUUUGGCCAACUAGGAAGCGUGUGGCACUGGGCACUGCACGUGGACUUGAAUACCUACAUGAACACUGUAAUCCAAAGAUUAUUCACCGUGAUGUUAAAGCAGCUAAUGUGUUACUAGAUGAGGACUUUGAAGCUGUAGUUGGUGAUUUUGGCUUGGCAAAGUUAGUUGACGUUAAGAAAACCAAUGUGACAACUCAAGUUCGUGGUACAAUGGGCCAUAUAGCUCCUGAAUACUUAUCCACUGGCAAAUCAUCAGAAAAAACUGAUGUUUUUGGCUAUGGGAUCAUGCUUUUGGAGCUUGUUACUGGCCAACGUGCAAUAGACUUUUCACGCCUAGAAGAAGAAGAUGAUGUUUUGUUGCUUGACCAUGUCAAAAAGCUGCAAAGGGAGAAAAGACUGGAUGCUAUUGUAGACCGGAACCUGAAUAAUAACUACGACAUGGAUGAAGUGGAGAUGAUGAUGCAGGUGGCAUUGCUGUGCACUCAGCCCUCACCAGAGGAACGUCCAGCAAUGUCGGAGGUGGUAAGGAUGCUGGAAGGAGAAGGGCUUGCCGAGAGAUGGGAAGAGUGGCAGCACGUUGAAGUCAACCGUAGGCAAGAAUAUGAAAGACUUCAGAGACGAUUUGAUUGGGGAGAAGAUUCAAUCUUUAAUCAGGAUGCUGUUGAGUUAUCUGGUGGAAGAUGACAAUUGAGUAAUUUUGAACUAGUACACACGUCAUUGUAAGUUUCGUGAUACAUAGAAAGGCAGAAGCCUGAUUGCUCAAUGGCCAGCAAUCCAUGUUUUUAAUUUUUGAGUUGUUGAUGCCAUAUCUUUUAUUCUUUUUUUA